GGUCGAGGAUGUGGAGCCGCCACCAAGCGGCCAUUCUCUCCCGCGGCGCCGCUGCCCAUCGUCCGUGAGAUUACGGAAAAUAUGUCGUCCACCGAAAGUAAAUCCGAUUCCAACCCGCGCAAAGUGCCGGCGGCGCGGUUCUUCGCCAGGCUGUCGACGCUGAUGGAGAAGCCCGAGGUGCGAGGCUUCAGUUGGGAUGAGAAAGGAAAGGCAGUUCUUGUGAAUGCAAAGGUUUAUGAAGAAGAAAUCAAAAUGUAUGGGGAACUACUGCCCGAGCUGAGGAACUAUCAGAGUAUGUCCAUGCUUCACAGCUUACUAUGUACCUAUGGAUUUAAAAAGAAGAUGGCAAAGGCCAGUGCAGAAGUCCACAUUUUCCAGCAUCCAGAUUUCACAAAAGAACACUCAUACAAAGAUCUUGAGACUGAAAGCAGUAAACCUGAUACUUCAACAGUUACUUUACAGCAGAAGAGAGCCCAUAAGAAAAAGCGACGCAAUGAUGGGGUGGUGCUGCUAAAUAGUACAGCAAUCUCUCCAAAAACAUCCACAGUAUCUCUAGAAAAUAACAGCAAAAUAUUAUCUGCAGGAAAACAACGGCGGAUGUUAUACCAAUACAUCAAUUUUGAUAAUCCAGAAUUUAACAUAAUUACUGCUGCUGAGAGUGAUAAAGAACAGAGCAUCCAGGAAAAUGUUAGUGAGACCAAAGCAAAAGUACCCAUUCCAAACCAUCAAACAGCGCGACCAACAGAUCAUGAAAGCAAAGAGGAUUCCCUUUUACGAACGUCACCAAGUUUGUCUUUAGGUACUCCAGAAAAGUCGGAGCCCAACAAAUCAUCACAAGUCUCUCUGGAUAUAAAUAAGAUGCUUAGUAUUUGUGCGGCUCCUUUGGUACCUCCACUUUCUCCACAGCCAAAAUGUUAAUUUGUGAGAACAUUUUAAAUCACCUGCAAGUUCCACUUUUUAAACUCUUAAUUUGUAAAAUUAUCUUGGUGAUCAAUUCUGCAGCAAUAAGAGUUGGAGGUGUAUGAACAAACACAUUUUUGUGUGUUAUUAAAUGGACAAUAAAGUUUUGAAGCACAAUAAAUGGAUUU